AUGGCUGAGGAAGAGCGAAUAUGGCGCCAACGACACAACCAUGAACUCGGUACACUAACGUAUGGCACUUAUGGAGCAGCAACGUAUCAGCAACAAGAGCAAUCAUGGACAUUCCUGAAGGAAGAACAAAACUCGCAGGAUGAUACUGGCCACCUCGAUAUUGCGACAGAGGAAAUUGCCGCUAUUCUCGAACUGAGUUCCAACCCGGAAACUGUGUUGCCUGCCCAAAACGGACUGCCAGAGUCGAAUGCUGCCCAUCACCGUCGUCUGCCGUUGCUUGCGGCCACGGCUGGAUUAGCGGAUGUUGCUACACGUUCGAGCUCUUCAAGCUAUGCAACCCAAGCGUGGAGUCAGCGCAUCGCCAUCGGAAGUGCCGUCUGGCUUGGUGUAGACGGAGUCGACUCGGGAAACUUGAGUAUUCAUGUGGUAGCUUACACCACUGGCAACAAUGACAAGCUUCGUGUUGCUUGUGUCGGACGAACAAAUCUUGAGUCUACCACUACAAGUGGCAACGAAUUCGUGGCCAGCGUACCGUCCUUUUCUGUACAAGACACAACUGAUUGGCAGGGCAUUGAACAGAUUCAGCAGAUACUAUUCUCGUCAAAAAGAGCUGGGAGCCGCAGCGACACCUAUCUGGCCGUUCGACUGCAGUCUCAAACUUGCCUCUUCGAGCCGCUCUUGCGUCGAGACACUGCAGUGAGCUCUGCAUCGUCAAAAGGAUCUCUCGACUUGAAUCGGUUCCUCACUCUACCCGUGUCAGCAACUGGUGAUCAUACUCAUGCCGACGUCGCCUUCGAUCCCCACAAUCACCGACGACUGGCUAUUAUAGACGUCGAAGGCAACUGGAGCAUCUGGACUGUGCAUGGCAAAAGAGUUCGUUCUGCUCGUGUACUACACCAGACACGUCUCCGAGCAUCAGUGAGGGCGGAAGUAGACGGUCAUGGAUUACAGGCUGCUGAACUUCCAACGAUCGCACAGAUGAUCUUACAAUACGAAGAUCUAUCGAUAGUGUCAAUCAAUAUGGUCGUUCAACCAUUGGCAAGCUUGCCCGCCAGCGCUGACCAAAACUACCAUCUUCGACUUCCACCCACUAGAGGUCUCCAACACAGGAGUGAGCGUUUUAUCGACGAGAUAGAUGAUGAUGACAACGGUUUGACGGAUUUUGUUGUUGCAGACGAUGAGGUCGUGGGAGGUUAUGCUUUGGAUACUUUGCAUGCUGAAAGCCCAGCCAUUGUGGCGUCCGGAGGUCAUAGACCGGUGGUGAAGGACAUAAGUGCGACCUGUACCGAGCUCGUCGUCUCAAAAAGUGGUUUCAAUGCAGGAUCUAGACAUAACGUUUCUACUGUGUUAUCUCUCCUGCAUGAGCGCCUCCACGAUGGGCAAUUUCUCGAUGAAAGCUCUCAGGCGUUUCUGUUGUCUGAACUGACAGUCGAUGGCAUGAGGGUCGAAAACAUUGACUCCGACUCUGCCGCACUCGAGAGAAGCACUCGUAUGCUCGUGGACGGCCUAGGCGAUAAACUUCAGAUAGAAGUUUGUCGGGGAGAUUUGGGUCUGUCACUGGUUGUUCAAUACGAGAAGCUCUUCGACCAUCUGGUCAAGAGUCUCCCGUCAAUCGUUCCCGAUCGUCCAAGAGUGCAAAGAGAGCGGCUUGUGCGUGAGAUAGCGCUCGACCAACUGCUCGCCAGUCAGACUAUCAGGAAGGUGGUGGAGAAUUUAUCGAAGGCUUUUCCAGAAUCACAGCCAAUACCGGCAAUGGAUAGCCUUGUCCUGAGUGAUCCUAUUCAGCAGGAUGACUUGGUUCGGCGUUCAAUCUCGGAAACUUCAGCGAGUCAACCUCAGCCUCAGUUACACAAACAUGAAGACAAAGAACCAGGAAACGCUACAGCUUCUCCUCUGCUUGAAGUCAUUAAUCGUCUCGGCGUCUACACAGAGCUACAGAAAGCGCCACCACCGGUCGUUCUUGAGGACGAUACGACCUCGUCCCAGAUCAUGUCAUUGUUAGCUCACCUAUCGAACGAUGCCGAGGCCAAUCCUGACAACUACGACUGGCAAGCAGUUGAGCUUGCGCUUGCAGUGGAAAUGUCAGGAGGACCAACAGAUCGAACAACGGCCAAAGAUCGAGCGUCAGAGAGACUGGCUAGAGCACGAAGAAGAGCUGAGCGGACAGCAUCCAAUGUCAAAAAUACAGAUUCGACGAGCGUGUUACCCGAGUCUUCGCAUGCACCCCCACCUGUUAGAAGCUCUGGACUGCUGCCUUCGGCGUCUGGUACAAUUCGAACUAGGGCCAGAAUAUCCAACACUCAGCCCGCAUUUGUUUUCAGCGAUGGUGUUGAGCAGGCAGGAAGCUCGGGUCAGGCCAAUCCGGACACGAGUGUAUUCACGUCUACUCAACCCGUAAGCGGUGCGUUUGGAAGUCGCAGUGCAGUGAACGAAAAGGCAAAAGCAAGAAAGAAGAAACGAGUGGCUGGGUUCUAG